AUGGACAGAGAAGAAGCUCUCGAGCGCAAGGCCAAAGCUACGGAAAGUAUCCCACUUUACCAAGCUUUCAAGACACGAUCCAUGAGCCGUAAGACACGAUGCAUCCUCGCGUACACACUUGCCAAAUCCGUUUGGCAAUACUACGGCUCGGAGUGGAUGAAAUAUCCCUGGACCAGGGAGAAUAUCCACCUCUUGGAUGAUGAAAUGCCACAGCGAGGCUUCAGCACACGUUCAUACCUGUUCAGGCCGUACUUUGCUGCAGACUUCAGUGGAGAUACAAGAAGCAUUUCGGAAUACAUUGAGGGUGAGAUGCUCUGGCAUCGCUAUCCCCAGGUUCUGGCCCUCGGCAUUUUACUGAUUGAGGUAGCCAAGGGAAAGCCUUUCGAAAUUCCAGGCAUUCCUCUCGAUUACUCCAAAGAUUCUAUCAACCAAUACAUCAAGUCUGCAAUGAUAGCGUUAGAGAAGGACGGACUAUUUGAGAAGAAGGAAGACGACUUUGAUUCGUACCGCGAUGCAGUAGAGAGUUGCCUGAGAUUCGGGCAGUUCUUCGAUCUUCCCUGCGUUUCUGGCCCACAACAGUCGAGAGAAAGAGACAACAGUCUAGAAGAGCACCGAGCAAUCAUCUACAAGAAGGUUGUUCAGCCCUUGAAAGAGCUGCUUAAAGGUACUCGGUGGUUAGCGGGGAUCGACGAAAUGAAGCAAGAGUUUGAUCUUGGAUCGACAAAUGCCCUUAACAACACGUCCGCGAUAUCCGAAACAAGGCCUUCACAAUCUUCCCACAACGGAAAAGCCAAGCCAGGUGGAAGAUACUUGAACGGUCGUUCACGUCUGCUCCAUGGGAAAGCUCGGUAA